AUGGCCCUCCCACCACCUAACCCCGUCCUCCGUCGCCAAGUCAUCCAAUUGUACAAAGAACUCCUCCACAUGGGCAAAGAAUACCCCCAAGGCUACGACUACUUCCGCCCCCGCCUGCACCGCGCCUUCAUGUCCAAAUCCAACCUGCGCGACGAAGGGGAAAUCAAGCAGGCGAUUGCCACGGCGCAGUUUGUACAAAAGGAGUUGCAGGCUUUGUGA